AGUAUCUGAUUGAAUAGGCAGCUAAGUGCUCAAGAACAUUACAGACUUUGGAUAGCAUAUGCAAUUAUUCCAGUUAGUAGUGUGAACGAAUCAAUGUUUAGCUGGACUUUUAGAAGACGGAAAAAAUGUGUAUACAUCGAUUGAGUGUAUGUGAUUGCUUAUCUUAUGUAUCGCUGGACAUGAGUUUACAUAUACACAAAAUACAAAAUACAUAGACGAUGUUGACAUGUUGUUGGGGAUACAAUUUGUAAUUUUUUCAAAUAUAAGCAUCAAUAUAAGAUGCUAAUUGCCACAAGUACAAAGAAACACACUUCUCUUGGACUAAUACAAAAACACAUUUCACAAUGAAACGCCCAUUUAGCAAGGCAAUUCAUAAUUCUGCAAAGAAGUAAGGAAUCAAAAAUUAAUAAUGUCUAUUUCACAAGCUAAUAUGACCAUGACUUGACAUUCACCCCAACAAUCAUUUCGGAAGCUAAUGUCUAAAGUUUCACUAGCUACUGCCAUAUGAUCCCACUGUAUCCUUAGUUUCUUAAUUAUAUAUCCAGUUUGAUAAGAGAAUUCUAGCAGUAAGAUUGAUAGUUUGGCAGCCUUUUUUAAGGUAAUAAACAAUAAAGUGUCAAGGUAAUGUACUCUUCACUAUUAAGGUUGUCUUAGGCUCUUAGCACUGAAAUAAAAUUGUAUUUGUUAGUUUAAUGAUGCUGCUUGCUGCUAGUUUAAUUGUAUUUGUUAGUUUAAAUGCCUUAGGCUCUUAGCACUUCUGUAUAAACUAGUUAGCAGUUCUCCAGCGUAAGGACUUCCUACAUCAAGGAAGUAUUUUUAUGUUAAAAUGUAACGUCCUAUAGUUGAUUAUGGUGGGACAGACAAUAUUAAGCAGCUAACUUGAUUAUACAUAGGCAAAAAUGUGCAUCUAAUACUUUCUACAAUUCUCACAUUGAAUGAAGUCUCCAUCUGCUUCAAUACACUAGGAUAUAAGUUUCUUUUUCAACCUUCAUAAAUUCCUAAUAGGAAAGAGAACAGUUAUAUUGUAGAAUUCAGCUAGUAGUGGUAGAUGUAGUUGUCUUCCAAGUGAAAGCAAUCAUAAGUGAAGAACAUCUCGACCCUUUUACUUCAAGUACAAAGAAUAAGAAGUUGGCAGUACUCUACAGAAAACGCCAUGCUAGUAUAUUCAUUAUGUAAUCAUAUUUUAUUUGUUAAUAUCAAUGUUGACAAGUAUAUAUAUUGCUUUUGAUGGUUGCCAGUUAAUGGUGAGAGCUAGAGAUUUGCCUUUAAAUAUUGUCUCAAAUAACUUGUUUUGAUGCAGAAUACUUUUGAAAGAAAGAAACAAGAAUUAUUAGCUUCUCAAAGUGCAUCAGCUGUGGAAGGAGAAACUAAUUUAGCUGGUCAACCUUCUCAAUUAACAGAAAUGGAUAUCUGGGUGCAAGCUGUUGGUGGAAAGAAAAAAGGAAGAGUUAAAGGUCUUGGCUCCCUCGGUCGAUCUGUAAAGGCGUCAUCUAAAUCAACAUCAGCUUUAUCGAGAGAAAUUGAUGAGAUAAUUAAAGCUCAGGUAAAUGCUUCCAAUGCUGACUUAUAUGCUCAACUGCAGAAAGAGCGUCACAAGAAUAAGAGGAUGAGGAGGGAAUUGGACUUAUUGAAGAAGCACGUAUACAACGCAUCAUCUUCAAAUGAGCAAUCAUCACAAGAAGACAAUCAAGCUUAUGAGAAUGAAAGUGGUGAUGACUCUGAUAGCGUGAAUGAUAGUGGUUCUGCCCAUGAUAACGUGAAUGACAAUGGUUCUGCCCAUUAUAACGCAUCAUCUUCAAAUGGGGAUUGAAAUAGUUGAUAGUACUAUUUAGGAUUCAAAUUUGAGUUGUAUUUUGUUUUUGUAUGUUUAAGAAUCAUAAACUAUUGAUCUUGCAGGUUUCUUUUCAUAGGAAUUGUGAAUUAUGAAUUCUGUAUUUUUGUUGAAUGAAGUGAUAUAACAUGAAUUGUGUUUUUUGUUGGUU